AUGGUGAAGAGAAAAAGAAUUAAUGUGUCGGAAUUUGAUGCGAUGCUGGAUAAAGCAAUGAAAAAAGGAGAUACUGUGGGAAUUGUGGACUGCUAUAAUGAAAUUGGCAAGGAGAAAGCUGAGUUUGAUGAUUUCGAUGGUGCUAUUGAAGCAUACUUACAAGGAAGCAGCGAGGCUCGAAAAGCCGGACUUGUGCUCGAAAGAAGCUUCUCUGAACGUGGUCUAGCUGAAGUUUAUGCGAAAUUGGGCAAUAAAUCGAAAUGUUUUGAUCAUUUGAGCAUGUUUAAAUCACUAUCAAUUGAGAGCGGAAAUGAUUCACAAAUUCAGCUUUCUCUGCAUGUCGAAGCAUGGUGUUUGCAAAAUUUAUUCGAUAAGGGAAUGGCGGAUCGGAUAGAUCUUGAAAGGGCUCUUAGUGUUGCUAAAUCUUCUAUUGAAUAUUUGGAGAAGAAGCGGUCUGCAAUUGCAAAAUUUAGAUAUUUGGGAACAAUUGAGCAAAGAAAAUCGAAGUUGCUUUUGAUGAUAGCUCAAAUCGAGCAAAUGCUUGGAAAUGAUUCGAAAGCUUUAUCUCAUUUAUGCGAUGCUGAACAUGUUAUUCAGGAUAAUGACAAGGAAAUUUUCUACGAGAUUCUACUAACGAGAAGUGGUUUUGCGCCGAUAAAUCAACGUGUUCAAAUUGCAAGAAAAAUGGUGAAAAUUGCAUCGAAAGAACGCAAAGGAGAUGCUCUUCAUGAACUUUCUCACCAGCUUAUUCUUAAUGGCGAAUUUGAUGAAGGUUACAAAAGACUUCGGGAAACAUAUUUUGAGAAUUCAAAAUAUUUACACGAUGAUAUUGUGGAUAUCAAAAGUAAAUUGACAAUUUUGUUUAAAAUAUCAAUGUACAACGAAGAGCUCAAAAACCCAACGGAAAUGGAAAAAUGCGAAAUUUAUGAAGCGCUCGCCGAUCUUCAUGAUGAAUAUUUUCGAUUUCUUUCGAAUCGUGAAAAACGAGAAUAUCGCCAUUUUGCUGAGGAGAAUAUCAUUGAGAAUUACAAAAAUAUGAUACGGAAUAAGCGCGAUAUCAAAGACGAAAUUCGUGGUCUUCUAGCGAUUGGACUCGUUUAUCAAGAUCUCAAUGAAUAUGUCAACUCGAAAUCGAUAUUCGAGAAACGUCUUGAACUUCAAAUUUCAAAUAAUGCGUCGAUUGACGAGAUAAUUGACACGAAAAUUUCCAUUUUCGAAUGCAUGUGCCAUUUGAAACGUGAUGGUCUUUUUAAGGAAUUUGAAAAUCUCAAAAAACAAACGAGAACGACUAGCUCAAGAAAAGAAUUGUUUUUCGUUUGGGCGGACUAUUUAGAAGAAAUGAAGGAAAUUGAUGAUGCCAAGUAUUGUCGAAAUAUUGCAGAAGGUCUAAAUGAUUCACCUUCGGAAUUGGAAGAUGAUGGCACGGAUAAGCUGUUUGGGAAUUGGAGUGAAGACAAAAUUCUUAAAGAAUGCAAAGUUGAACAUGAGAAAUUGGCAGCAAAAGAAAAAGCGAUGCUCAAAAAGGAUCGACAGAACAAUACUGGAGAGACGGAAUUGCACAAUGCGGCGAAAGUGGAUAAUCCGGAAAUGGUGGAGCAUCUAUGCCAGCAGGGCUAUUCUGUGAAUGUUGUCGAUAAUGCCGGAUGGACACCGUUGUCGGAAGCAGUCAAUCACGAGAAUUAUGAGAAUGUGGCGAUUUUGAUCCGAUACGGUGCCGAUGUGAAUAUUGCAAGUAAAGAAGGCUUUGAGAACAGUAGUUCUAGACGAGAAGUACGUCAUACUCGACUAACGCCGCUCAUGGAAGCUUGUGCUCAAGGUUUCGAGAAAAUCGCAAAGCUUCUAAUCGAGAAUGGAGCGAAAUUGGAGAAACGCGACAGUCUUGGAUAUUCGGCGUAUAAUCAUUUGGAAGAAUAUAUUCGAGAAAAUGGAUAUACGGAAGAGCAGAAAUUAUUUAAAGUCUACUUCGAGGAGCUCAUGAAGGAGAGGAAUGUGAGCUUGAAUGUGGCUGCACCGCGAGCCGUACUCGAAGAAACUCAGGAGAGCAACACUCAACGGAUGCCAGCGCCGGUUCAGCCGUCGCAGACGUCGCCGAUUAUUCGGGAUCGAAAACGCAUGAAUCGGUCGAGCGCAGGAUCGGAGAACAGUGUGAAACGAAAGCCAACGAGUCCGACUCCGCCACUUUCGACGAAAAUCAUCAGCCGGCAAAACACGCCAGAUGUUAUUGAGAUGCGGACGCCGGUUCGGGUUUCGCCGCCGUCGGUGCGGCAGACGACGCCACUAGCAGCGACUGCGGCAACUUCAAUGGCGUGUUGUCCAGUUCGAGUGUUCUUCGUCAAUCCGCCUAACGAUCAAAUUAAAAAUAUGAUGUGGUCUUUGCCAAGACAAUCCACCAUCGCCGAUUUGCGGCGAAAAAUAUUGAGCUACUUGAAAUCGGCAGAAUAUGAAGUGCGACUGCAGACGCAUGAUGGUACAAAUAUGGAAUAUUCUGAUGAGGUGCUGCUCGCUCAAAUCGGCGACGAUGUCAAGAUUGACUGUCUUUUGGAGAUGGGAUCAGCUGCUAAAAUUUAUUCGAAUUCUAAAGGUAUUUCUAGAUUCAUUCUAAUGCAUGUCGUAGUACUGUGGGACCUGGUGAUAGUCUGCAACAUUGAUUAUUCGUGCACUUCCCAAUUCAUCUAA